UUCGUAUGUGAUUAUUUAAUAAUAAUUAUCAUUAUUAGUCUCCAUUAAAGUAUGUGCGUAUCAAACUUUAAUUGAUUCUGUUUGAAAUAUAUCGAAUUAAAAGCCUAAUCUAGAUGGUUUAAUUGUUUUUUUUGACAUUAGUUAUUUUUGAUACCUUUUUGUAUAGAAAAUGCUGAACGAGGAUAACAAAUCCGUUAUCAUUAAUAUACCCAAAAAACGAAUUUAUUCUGAUAAAUUGUUUGUCUCGUCAAUAAAUAAGAAACAAAACGAAGCAACGAGGAAAUGUAGAAGAGAAUUAUCUGAUGUCGAAUUGAAGAGAUAUAAUUUACCGGAAGAAGUAUCUUUGCCUAUAAUUAAACUGAAGCAAUGUGAAAUUAUUUUACCUUUUAAACAUUACCGUAAGCAAAAAGAUAAAAAUCGUUUCAAGCAAAGCUUGAGUAUCAGUAUUUAUGACAAAUAUAAAAUCAUAAGCACUGAUUUGCAAAAGCGUUUACAUGUAGAUCGUCCGUUAAAUGAUAUUUACUCAGUGAUCGAUGUGGACACGGAAUAUUAUAGCUAUUUAGGAGGUCGAGCGUUGCAAUUCGGUAAUCCAGUUUAUAAAUCUCUUCAAGAAUCAAUUAAUAAGAUAUUGCAACUUAAACAUAACACAGGAAUAAAGAAGGAUUGCAUUUUAAACAUAGAAACAAAUUACCGUAAUGAACUAGAUAUUUACGCUUUAUCAGUAAAAAGGCUAACUGAUCAAGCGAAAUACUUUGACACAUUUAUAUCAGAAGAUUAUGAGAAAUCCAUGGGCUUCCUUUCGAAAUGGGAUAAAGUUAAAUACCAAUUAGAUUGGAAGAUAAAGGAGUUACAAAAUUUGGGGAUUGAAAAAUUUACUUUGCAGUCUAGGCUUAUUAGCUUAGAAUAUAAGUACGGUAUUCAGCUUAAAUAUGGAAGAUUUUUGUAUUAUUUAUCACCCCCAACAUGGCGUCUUAAUAAUAGGGAAUUCGCCAGAUCUGUUGAAAUUGAAGCAAAGGGGUUUGACUAUGGAAAUUCUCAGGAAGACGAUACAUUUGCAAUAAUAUUUGAGAAAUUGCGCAAGAUAUGUUAUGGAACACCAAUCAGACCUGUACUUUAUUUUACGCAGCCUAAAGAUCUCAUAGAUGUGUUCGAUGCAAUGGAAAACCAGCAACUUCAUUAUUAUACUCAUGUUAAUCAUUUGACUCCUCACACAAAGAUACUUAAAGAAGGGAUAAAAAAACUUAAAGAAGUUAUUUUUCAAGAGUAUGCGGUAGUCACUAAUGUAAUUAAGAUUUAUGAAAAUCUUUUAAAGUUUAGUGAAGACAGGUGUGCUCAGUUGGAGCUUAAAUUUCAUAAAAUACUAUUUGGAUUGUUCUACAAUAGUAUCGGAGUACCGGAUGUCUUAAAAUUGAUUUCACAUUUAGAAUUUUGUUACGAAAAAGUAUUUCUUGAGAAACCAAUAAAUUUAGACAUAACUCUAGUAGCAAAGUCUAUUGAAAUAUUCUACAUGGAUUAUACUAAACGAUUAGAUGAAAUACAGAGUAAUACCGUCAGACGUGCAGUGUUAAAAUGCGUGGAGUCGGAACGUUUGAAAUCUAAAAAAGCUAAAAAUGCUGCUAAGGAAUUACGUUUAUUUCAUAGAUUAGAGCGGACGUUGCUAAAGGCUUAUGGAAUUGAUGCUAAAAAUCUAGACAUACCAAUUAAAAAAGAUGCUGAUAAAAUUAAAAUUAUUUCUGAUAGAAAUAAAAGUACUAAAAGACAUAAUUCUUUACGUAAAGUAAUAACUGAAAGUAAAGAAAGGAUAACCUUAACAGAAUUUGAAAAGGAGUAUUUGUUGCUUUUCACUGACUGGACUGAAAACGAAGACCCAGCCAAUUAUCUCAAGUCUUACCUUCAAUGAAUGUAAAGAUGAGGGCAAACCUAAAUAUUGUAGUUUUAAAUAAAUCAACGUACUUAUAUAUUGAAAACAGACUUUAUUACGGGGAUUCAUUAAAAAUAACAUUUAUGGAUCACCAUUAAACACAAUACAAUUACAAUAGCGUUAAUGAUUUUAUUAAAACAAAUAUAAUAACAAAAGGUAAAUAGUUUACCUACUCAUAUAAAUGUUUGGUAUCUUGGUAUUGACGAAUAACUACACAUUUGGAAUUUACAUAUUUACAAGGUAAGUAACAUAAACAUUCUGGUAAAAGCUUAAUUAGUUCAAUACAUUGGUUAUAUUUAUUCUAAGUUAUAUCUACGAGUAAAUAAAUAAAUACCUAAUUAUUAAUUUAUCGCUAUCAAUAAACAUGAAACGAUAAUGUAUCGUGUACUUUCG